UAUCUGUUUCAUUGCAAUCGCAUACAGUCUUGUUCAACGGUUGCAGAUGGCUGUUAAGUACAACAUCUCCUGUCAGACUGCGUUCAGGGCAGAACUUACACAGAUUAGCAGCCGCAUUCGAGUCCGCGCGGCAGGGGGUCGGGCUCGCGCCCACGGUGGUGAUGCUGCUGGCUGUCGGUGCUAGUUGGGAACCAGCCAGUUAGUCAGUGGCUCCAAAUAAAUUACCACAUUUGUGGUGUUUGACACUGACGUUCGUCCGUGUAGCGGAGCAACUGACAAACGCAAUAUAUCGCUGUAAUUGUUGCUGAUGCUAAUGAGCUGCAGCGGCCGUACGAGCAUUAAACAGCGGAUACUUAUUCUAACUAACGGCGGUUAGCUUGCUAUCGUUCAAGCUAACAUCCUGAAUUUUAGAGACGACGGUAGUGAACUACUUCAGUCAUCAUGUUGCUCCGGCCCUCUGCUGUGAAUACUUUAGUUUGUUGCAGCCUUGCAUAACCGCUGGAAAUUACUGACGACCAUAGCCUCCACCAGCUCAACAACAUUAUUCACACACAGUGAGCCAGCUGGCUGGUUGGCUAACUCUUAGUUAGCACACCGUUAGCAGCUAACUUAGCCAGUGAUGCUAGCAGCAGAGACAGUGUACAACGCGAACAGCUGAAGUCAUGUCUGUCAGAUGGAGCUGAAGUGUUGCUCGGCUUGCAAAAGAUGACGGGCCACAUGAGCUGGGGUUAUGUGCCUUUGUCAGCAGGAAGCGGAACAUGGACGCCGUAGAAGAGUGGAAGAAAGACCCGAGUGCACACAAACUUCUGAAUGAAAAGGUGCUUUGCAAGCAGAAUGGAAAGAUCGGUAUAGUGAGAACUCUUCACAGCCUGUUGAAAACCCAGAAAACUCUGCAGAUUCAAUCCAUCACCCGCUCAGAAUGUGCUGGUUCCUGUCCAAAUCUAAUGAUGAGUAGGAGUGAGCACGCCGAUGUAAGGCCCGUCCCCGUGGCCCUCACCCCCCAGCUCCCACCCAGAGCCCACCGACCCCUCUGUGUGUCUGUUUCCUCCGACAGCAGUGGACGCUUCAAGGCUCUGGAGACGCAGGAGUGGAAGAACAACCUCAAAGCCCAGAUGGAACAGGCACACAGUGCAGGAGCUGCCAGCAGCACAGGUUCUCUGGAGCGAGCGUCCCUCUUCUGCGCCUCUGCUUCAACUACAGCAUCCAGCUCUGGUCUGUCCAGCCCGGUGGAGAUUCUCAACAAGAGCAAAUCCUCCAGCCGCUUCUCUCUCUUCUCUCCUCCCUGGAACAGCAGCUCUGAGUCCGACUCAAAUCCUCCGUCCCGGUCUGGCUCCAAGAAGCUGCGUAACUACAGUCGGAGAGCUGCCACAGGGCCGGCCGGAGCCAGGGGCCCUGAUACGCCCGAGUUCAAGCCCAGCGGCCCGGAGCACUUCCAGUAUUCCGAACCUGUCAUCUCUAAGGUGACAGACUACAUCUAUGUUGGGAAUCUGAAUGCAGCGUACAAUGGGCGUACGCUGUGCCGCAACAACAUCGACAGUAUCAUCGACAUGAGUAGUGUUCCGGGUGAACCGGGCCCCACUCUCAGCCUCAUACCCUGCACCUGCUCCCGUGGUGCCCGGCACAGCUGGUCCCGCCUCAAAGUGGACAUUGGAGAUGUGCCAGAUGCUCUGGGUGAUGGCCCGGCACUGAAGCAGCGCUGCUUUGAGGACAUCAACGAAUGCAUCAAUGCCUCCACUGAGAAGAGAAAGCGUGUCCUGGUCCACUGUCGGGAUGGUUUCUCUCUGGCACCGACAUGUAUCAUCCAGUAUCUAAUGGUGAAGCAAAACAUGAGGCUGAUUGCUGCCUAUGAGCUACUGAGAGCCAAGUACCCGGUCAACAUCAGAGAAUGCCACCAAAAUGUGCUGGUGAGCCUGGAGACAGCGCUACGGCCUGGUGGCAAUGUCGACCCAGAAUGCUUCAAACAGGCCAUUUCACGUAAAGUGGCAUGGACUUGACUCACUUUUCCAAUAUUUGUGGUUGCUGCUCAAGGCUUUCUUUGUUCCUCCCAUGGUAUUGAAAAUUUUCCUGAAGACAACCAAGGGCAGCUGUACCUCUCCCUGUAGACUGGACAACUGGAUAUUAUUGUCACCACUUAAGUUCAAUGGUUGUAAAUUUAUAAAUUUGAUGUAUUUCCUCCCCAGACUUGUAAAUGUGAUCUGGCUGUAAUUUCCCCUCCAUCCUCACUGAUCUUAUUCACAAUAGAAUUCAAUUUCAUUGUAUAAUAAUUUAAUAGUGUUUGCUGUAUAGUGAUACAGUCCUGCUUCAGUUCUGUGCCAUGCUGUUGUGUUGGUGUUCUAUAUCAGGGGAAUUUCUUAAUGGGUGAUCUCAGGAGAUUAUUGAUGUCAUACCAGUACAGGGUGGGAAAUUCGUCAUUGCAUUAGUCUGCGGCCUCGUUCACAUUUGGAACAAAUGCGUCUUGGAGAACUGUGUGUAGAGCACAUGGAGUUAGCACUAUGUUGAAGAGUAGUAAUGGUGACGGUGGCCACUGUUGGUUUAGAUUAUAUCCCAAACUAAUGUAUGAUACCCAUUGUGUGCUGAUUAUCUACAUGCAGUCAGUGCGGUAUAGAAUUGACAGUUGGGUGAUUAUGUCUUGAUGCACAAAUAUACUGCUGCAGGUAUGGAAUUGCCUUUCAGGCUUAAGAAAAGUUUAAGCAUAUAAAUUCUGAACAAAGGUAACUUUUUAGAAAUCAAGCAUGACAUCUCGAAGUGUGCUCCAGUUGUUGGAAUCCUCCCACACAGAACAUUAGAGUCUCUGUAGGAUGAUUUUAUCUGCCUCAUUGCUGGUAUCCUGGUCACUGCCGGCCGCUGACUUCAUGACAUUACCUAACUCUCAAAACUUGACAAAAUCCUUACCAGAGUUGAAAUUCUACAUAAGUCUGGAAAGGAAAAACUUUCUGGACUUCUUCAAGCACAGUUGAGUUUACACUGAGUGCUUUUCACCAAAUAUGUUGGUGACAUAUAGCUUGCAUGCAGAACAUUUUUGUAUCAGCUUGCAUUGUAUUUGUGAACAUAUUGGGAGAUCUGACGAUGCAAAGAGACUGGGAUCUCUGGCUUUACUGCUGCUGAACCUGAAUUCUGUUUUAAGAGCAGACACUCAAGAUCUAUUUAAGAUUUUUUCCAAUAUUAUUUGUGAACUGCCAUCACCUCACACAUGCAAAGAUCUGCAAGCAUCUCACAAUAAGGUGAAGUAAGUGGGCAGCAUUUGUUUGGAGGUCUGUUUUUUUUUCUUCUUCUCAUAAACGUCUGUUUUGCUGGAACAAUGUUAAUUUGGAUAUUGUAGUUGUAAUUGGAUAAAAUAGGGACUUGGUUUUAAACUCUCUUGAAAUAAAGCUGAAAUUUUGCUGCAGAUACUAAGAUUGGUGGACAUGCAAUUUGUCACCACUGGAGCUAUUACAAUUGACUACAUUAUGGAUUGAUACGCUUUUUGGAUAUGUUAUAAGACUGACCAGUGUCUGUUGUUUGUGACCUUUUCAUGCUGCUCUUUUUUUGUUUGUGUGUUUUUUGAGGUCAUACUUGAUGGAAGAUGAAUGGCUAGACGUCCUCUGUGAGGAAGACUGUAGCCCCAUUUUCAGGCAGUUCGUUUGGGAAAAUGAGUUUGGUGCUCUGACUGUGGCUCUGAAUCUGAACUUUAGCAUAUGCAGUGAAAUUGGAUGAUGUGUAUCUCUUCAGUAUUAAUAUAUCCGUGCCACUGAACUGCGUUCAAGGUUUACAUGGCAAGAGAUGAUUUUGCACUACUCCCAUGGUUGUUCUAAAUGCAAAGUACUUCCUUUUGUUAGUUUGUGUUUUUUGAGGCUUGUUGAUGACUUUGCACUCAUGGUGAGAAACAAUUGUCAGUUGCACAUUUUACAGUUACCACAGUUGCAUUGAAUGAGCAGCUUAAGGCAACGAGUCAGUGAAAAUAAUCCACAUUUUUGUCUUAAUACGGACCUUUAGUUUCCUAAUACAGUCAUUUUUACUCCGCCACGGAAUGCGGCGGCGUUAUGUGACGAUCGCUGUACGUUUGUCUUUCAUUCUGUUAAUCUGUCUUUCCGUCUGUGCGCAACAUUGCUCAAAAAUGGACUAAGGGAUUUUAUGAAAUUUUCAGGGAAGGUCAGAAAUGACACAAAGACCAAGUGAUUAGAUUUUGGCAGAGAUGCAGCUUCUAGUGUGGAUCCACAGAUUUGUUAAGGAUUUCCAUAUCAUUGCGAGAUAGCGGCACAUCAUCACUAUAACUAUGAUAAGUGAAUACUACGAUCACAUGAUUGUGAUCCUACUAAAAAUCCACCACUGUAGACUUUCUUGGACUUAUGUCGGAAAUGAUACGACUGAGCAGUCUUGGCAUAGUACUGCACUCUGAGUGCUUUUCUUGUUAUGUAGUCACACAUAAUUCAACUACAACUUUUCGUCAAGCAUUCAGUGCCAACUAGGGGUACAGCUGACAGUUAUUUUGAUUAUCUUUCAUUCUAAAUAUGUCUCAAUGAAUUGAUAUAUUGUUAAUCUACAUAGUGUCAGACAAUCUGAUUAUACUUGUGAGAAUAUAAGCAAACCUGCAUAGUUGGCUCGGCAUAGUUACUCUUCAAGCAUGAUGUUGUCAAAACAGUUAUUUGAAAAUUCAUUUUCACUCCAGAUUAUAUGAAUUGUAUGAACCGACUGCCCUUAAUUUAGUUAGUUCAGGUGAGAGCAGUGAAAUUAAAAUAAUGAAACACAUCUGGAUGAAUCUUGAUAUAAAGAGGAUCUUUUUUUUUUUUUAAAUUUAAAACUACUUUUUGUUUGUUUGUGCAAUGCUAUUUCCUGUCCAGCCUGCUUUUCACCACAAUGUGGAAGUAUAUUACAGACAUGUCUCUUCUGAUCCUGGUUUCAGGUGAGAAACAGCAGCAUAGCGGAGCCUCAGAUGUCCUCACUAUAGGGAUCAAGGGUUCAUGUUUUCCCUUUACUCUGUUUGUUAUCCCACAUUAAUAUGGUUCUCUUGAACCUUUAAGUUUUGCCACUACAUUACUCUAAAUGUGUUUGCUGAUGAGCAAAGAGGCAAGCUAGUUGUUAAAAUGUUGGUCCUGGUUUGUGUCUUGUCUGGCCUUUUGGUAAUGACCCAAUCAUUAUACCUGUAUGGUCAAAUAGGAAAUUAUUUUUGGCACAGAGCGUUAGCCAGACAGACAUUAGCUAAUUGGUGAAUUUUCACUUGAAUGAAAAGAAAUUGCAUCCACAUGGAGCAUUAAAGCAUUGUGUUAAUUUUUUUUCUGCAUUUCUUUUUUAUUUUGACAGUUCUGUAGUGAAUGGGCAGCCUCAGUGCGAAUGAGUUGUACAGCAUAAUCCAACAGCUGAGACAUUAUUCCCUGGCAGUACAUUUCAUGUGAGCGGUGUGGUAGGAGUGGAAGCUAAAAGUAUGGUGCCUUCAUUUGGAGUUGUCUCUUGACCGUAUGGUGACAUUUGCACACUUUGUAUGAAUUUUAACUUCUUGAUAUGUUGUAAAAUGUUGAAUAUUUUUGGAUGUUUUAUUUUGAGCAAAAAAAGUAUGAACAUACAUUUGUGUACAGUGGUCCUUGCUGUGAUAUAUUUGCUAGUCAUUUGUGCACAGUACCGUGUUUUGUUAAUGCAGAUGGUGAUGAGACUAAAAAAGAUGAUAUAUUUCUCGACGGAUGUUUUAGAGCUCAUAUGAGGUGCUGUAGUAGACAGAGAAUCAGCAGAUUUUGGUUUUUAUCUUUUAUUGUAAAUGCUCUGUGUCAAAGUCGUCAUAUCAAACUGAAUAGGUUUUCUAACUUGUUCUCUCAGGUGAUUUCUCAGUGGCCCAGAAUGUUCUCAAUGAAUACAAUGUUCAGAAAUGUGAAGCAAUGUUUUUCUCAUGUCAUGUUUCUUAAUCAGAAUUUAAUUUGUACUGUUGAAAUAUUAAAGGAACAGAUGUACUACUCAA